CAUUCACAUUAAUUACUGUCACAUGAAUUUCUUUUGUGCACUACAUCAUCAAACAUUAGCUUUUACAUUGCAAUCAAAUUCUUAAAUUAUUAUUUUUUCUUCAUCCUUAAACUAUCAGCUGGUAUCAGUUUGCAUUCAGAAAGUUCUGUUUCUGUCUCUUUGUCCAAUGGCCACGGCGGUUGCAUCACCGUGGUCAGGUCCCAUCUCCGCGCUGCGCUCGGUGCGGGCCACCGGAACGGCGUCGUCAAGAGGCCAGCAAAAAGAAGCGAGUGCUGGGAAUUUCAGCCACUUCACUCAGGCGAUUCGUAAGGACGUGGAGUUCAUAAAGAAGGGAAUUAGCAAAAGUGUUGAGUGGGCAAACGAGACCUUCCGGAUUCCGAUGGUUUCGAGGAAAAUCGAUGACUUUAUAUGGCUUCGCAAUCUCGAGGACCCUCAGGCUCCCCCAUUUUCCUCUCUUUGGCCUCAGCAUUGGUACCCAGAACUGUCUGGAGUGGAUUUGCUCAUGGCUGAUCUCAAAGCAUUGGAAGCUUAUGCAAGUUACUUCUACUAUUUAUCUAAGAUUUGGUCUAAACCACUUCCUGAAGUCUAUGAUCCACAGGAUGUUGCUACGUAUUUCAGCUGCAGGCCACAUGUGGUGGCACUCCGCCUUCUUGAGAUAUUUUCUGCCUUUGCCUCUGCUGUGAUCAGAAUUCGAACUUCAGGAGUCACAACAUUUAUCAAACCAAAUCCAGAAGAGGAUGUUGACGGUACAACAUCUCAAUAUAAUUUUGGGAUAGUGUUAAAAGAAACAAUGCUUAGCCUUGGCCCCACCUUAUUAAAAGUUGGUCAGUCCCUUUCCACAAGGCCAGAUAUCAUUGGUGUUGAGAUGUCUAAGGCAUUGUCUGGGCUUCAUGAACAAAUCCCUCCUUUUCCCAGGACUGAUGCUAUGAGGAUUAUUGAGGAAGAAUUAGGUUCCCCUGUGGAGUCAUUCUUCAGCUACAUUUCCGAGGAACCUGUAGCUGCUGCAUCAUUUGGUCAGGUUUACUUUGCCCGUACUAUUGAUGAAAUUAAUGUUGCCGUAAAAGUUCAGCGUCCAAAUUUGCAUCAUGUGGUGGUGCGGGAUAUCUUCAUCCUUCGCCUUGGGCUAGGACUGGUGCAAAAGUUUGCGAAGAGAAAGAGUGAUCCUCGCUUAUAUGCUGAUGAGCUUGGGAAAGGUUUUGUUGGCGAAUUAGAUUACACUUUAGAGGGCAAUGCUUCAAAGUUUCAGGAAGUUCACUCUCCCUUUGCUUUUAUGAGCAUGCCAAAAGUGUUUAAACAUCUAAGUCGAACACGGGUUCUCACUAUGGAGUGGAUGGUUGGUGAAAGUCCAACAGAUUUGCUCUCCAUAUCUACUGGAAACUCUGUUGGAAAUGUCUCUGUACAUUGGGAGAGGCAGAAAGUUGAGGCAAAAAGGCGUCUUCUUGAUCUGGUCAACAAAGGUGUUGAGGCAACAUUGGUGCAACUUCUUGAAACAGGAUUAUUGCAUGCUGAUCCACAUCCAGGAAACUUGCGUUACACUUCCUCGGGACAAAUAGGGUUUCUGGAUUUUGGUUUGCUUUGUCAGAUGGAAAAAAAGCAUCAGCUUGCUAUGCUUGCUUCGAUAGUUCAUAUAGUAAAUGGUGACUGGGCAUCCUUAGUUUGUGCUCUGACUGAUAUGGAUGUUGUGAGGUCUGGGACAAAUAUCCGACUUGUAACCUUGGAAUUAGAACAGGCCCUGGGGGAAGUGGAGUUCAAAGAUGGGAUACCUGAUGUGAAGUUCAGCAGGGUUCUAGGAAAGAUCUGGUCUGUAGCAUUCAAGUAUCAUUUCCGUAUGCCACCAUAUUAUACACUUGUCUUGCGUUCCCUAGCUUCAUUGGAAGGUUUGGCUAUAGCUGCGGACCCAAACUUUAAGACCUUUGAAGCUGCAUAUCCUUUUGUUGUUCGGAAACUCCUCACAGAAAACUCAGUAGCAUCAAGGAAUAUAUUGCAUUCGGUGCUACUAAACAGGAAGAAAGAGUUCCGAUGGCAAAGGCUUUCCUUAUUCUUGAGGGUAGGUGCAACCAGGAAAGCCUUGCAAUCAGUGGCAUCAAAAAAUGAGACUUCCCCUGAUCAUUUACCAAAUAAAGCUGGUGGUGUAUUUGAUAUUGCAAACUUGGUCUUGAGGCUUUUACCAUCCAAAGAUGGUGUUGUGCUCAGGAGACUUCUUAUGACUGCUGAUGGAGCUUCAUUAAUCAAAGCAAUGGUAUCCAAGGAGGCAAAGCCAUUUCGCCAACAUCUUUGUGAGAUCAUAGCUGACAUAAUGUGCCAAAGAGUAAUUAAAUUUGGACAAGGAAUCACAGUGUCUCGGUAUUCCCAGGCAAAUGGACCUGGCAACAUAGAAUCAGGUUUACCUGCUAGAUCACCCUUGCCUGCAUAUGAUUAUAUUUCCAUCUUUAGAGAUCCGCGACUUAGAGUAAUAUUCUCUAAGGCACUAAAAUCUGCAAGUAGAGAUCCCAUAUUGAUGCUGAGGUUUUGCUGGGCUUGCAUUAUUGUCAUCGUUACAUCUUCUGCUAUGGCUUGCCAUCGGGUUCUAGCGUGUCUCUCUGAAGCUUACUUGCAGCCAAUUUUUGAUGCUCCAAAAAGAUAUGCAGUCGGGGCAUGAUAUUGUCAUCAAAUUUCUGGGUUUCUCCAUUGAAAGAAAUCAUUUUCUUUUGCGAUAGAUACAAGAUGGAGGUUUAUUGAUUCGCUGGUAAUGCAGUAUCGCCAUUUUGAUGUCAGGCAGGUGAAAUAGUUACAUAGACGAUACAAUUAAACACUUCAAAAAAAAAAAAAAUCCAAAAGUCUUGAUAUGCAAUGUUCUGGUUAGAUACUGUAGCUUUCAAAUAUGGAGAAGGGCUGCAUUGAUUUUGCUGCAGUCCUGAGCUACGUGCUUUAUAAUUAUGUACAGUUUCAUGUAAAUUUGUAAAUCCAUAGCAAGGAGGCCUUUUGAUUAUUAA